CGACACAAACAUGGCGGCAGCGUCUGCGGGCAGCGUUUGGUAUAAAACGAACAAAAAACAUGACUUCCUAAAAUUUGAGUGGAAAGAACCUAUCACCAAUUAGCGGCCCUCACUUCAUGUUUUGUCAUGAACGUUUGGAAUUGAGCAAAUGUUGAUUUGUUUGCAUUCAUAGCAAAAAAUCGUUGAAGCUGUUGUUCUUGAAAAAUGAGUCAACGAGAGGAGAAGCUUUGGAAGGAUUUUCUGCAAGGGAUACGGGACGAUAAUGAAGAUCAAGUAAAGAGAAUUCUUUUGGAGACAAGAAAUCUUAACCUUGGUGGAGGAAAGUCUAAUUUUUUGACGCGAAAAAUAACAACAACUCAGGUAAGAAUAUUUCUUCGUUUCAAGGGUUAAGAAAAAGUGUAACGUGAAGGGGCAUUUUGGAGAAAAAAUGGAAACCAAGACGAUAUUUUGUAAACUAGCUGAUUAAGCUAAGCGUAAACUCCACGUUAAAUUAAGUGUCGUAUGUUAUAUUUGAAUCUACGUUACGCACCCGACCACUAAUUUGCAUCACAUGUCAUGGAAUAAUAUUAGCUUAAAAAAGAGCCAUGACGUACAGUAUGUUGCCCAGUAUCCGGACACCUCAGUUUAAGCCUUCAAUAACUUUCCUUUGUUAAUCGCAGGAGCUCUGAAAUUUGGCCCAGAGAAAAUCUGUCUAGUCCUUAAUAUGGCGAAAGACAGUUUAACUUUUUUGCCUUUGUUUCCAUGGCGGAAUUAAUAUUUUUGCAGAGCUCCUAUGUUGCCCAGUAUCCGGACAGCUGGCCCAGUAUCCGGACACAACAAUAACAACGUAAUUGUACAUAAAUUUCGAUAGGCAAGCGACUUAUAAGCUUCUCUUGCACUUGCAAAGUAGUCUGGCAAUCGAUUCCAAAAAUAUAACCUAGCAUCAUGAAAUAAAACAUAACAAAUGACUGGGGUAUGGCAGGAAAUGCGAGCGGCUGUUUUAAAAAUGUUAUAAUUCUUACUUCCUUGUCUAGGAAUUUUUUCACUGAUUUAAGGAAGGCAUCUGUGGACAUGCCGAAACCGCAGUUUGCAAGCUCAAUUAGCCUAUCUGCAAGCGACUUUCUUUCUUCAUUUUUUAUUUUUAAAAAAAAGCUUGGGGAAGGAACCUCAACCCGACGGUCAAAGGUCACUCUCCUAUUUAGUCUGACCUGCAGUGUUGAUUUCUUCAUGCUCAUGAUCAGUCCCUACAAUAAGCCUGCUUUUCAAACACUAAUUGCUCCUUCUUUCAAAUCUCUCAAUCCCUUUGUGACAUUUUUCAGACCGUUGCAACCCCAUUCUAGCAGUCACAACUGGGGAAAGUAUGAGAAUUCCAGGUUCAACUCAGACGCUUUCAGUUAUAUAUAGAAAAUGCAGUCACGCGAAACAAGCCGUGCACACGAAAUCAACUCGCCUCUGAAUGAGUGAAGAAAAUUUCCAUAUGGAGUUGAGUAGAAUUACAUUUUCCGACUAUAUCAUAUAAAUUUUCCUAAGCUUUAAUUAUAGUUACUGAUAUGAAAUAAAUCUUAUCCGGAUAAUUUACACAGCUAAUUCAUCGAUUCUGUACAGCAAAGAAAAACUGUCCGGAUACUGGGCACAUGACAUCAAAACUUAGUGAAUGUUUCUGGCCUCCGUUAUUCCAAACAAAUCGAAUUUCAAGAAGAAUUAAUAAACUUUCUGAAAACCUGACUUCCUUAAGUAUCUUCACUUUAAAAAUAAAACAGUUUCUUUGAAAAUAUCACACAUUACCCUCCCUUUUCUGAGCAGCACUAAUUUUACUUUGCAGUAAACAGCAUAAAUAUUAGCCAUGAAAAGUUUGCUCACGUGAACAGAACGGCAUCUUCUGUGACUGUUUCGCAAGCUUUCAAAUUGCCAAAACUUUCAUCUUAAAGCUGAAAUGUUCAGCUUUCAUUCGAAAUCCUUCAUUUACCGAGAACUGAAAAGGGCGCCUCAAAAAUUGAGUUUUUGUUUCAAGUGUCCGGAUACUGGUACCGUCCGGAUACUGGGCAACAUACUGUAGUGGAGCAUUCCAUUUUUAAGACGUGGAUUACACGUAGUGUAGGAACGAGUUAUUGUGGGCACUGCCAUAUUCAAAUAUAUGGUGGCUUAUAAGGGACAUUUAGACACUUUUCAUUUUCACUUAAUAAUUUGCGAUUUGACUUAUUCUAAGUUUUCACAUGAUGUCACCAAAAUUCAAACUAAGAAACUAUCGAUUCUUCUGAGUUUCAUGAGGUAUAACAGCACCUAAACACCUUUAUUUAAACAAAGUUUUGGUUUGAAAGGGUUCUUCAUUUUGCGACAGAGGACUUUUGAAUUUCUAGGCUUUUGCGUCACGCGGCAUAUAGCUGGCAGCCGGGAAGUCUCUUAUGUGGGUUAAAAACAUUACCAAUUCUGGAAGAUUUUGCUAUCUAAAUAUUCCUUGUCUCGGAAUAAAUAUCACUUUCAUCCUUUAUGAGUUUUUCAAGCAGUUAAUUCACGCAUUAGUAGGAAAACUAAAAAACACUGAGAUGUUUCUGUUGGUUUCCGGCAGCCGUAUAUGUUGCCCCUCAAAGGGACACAAACAUGGUGUCUCCAUACAGGGGUUUUCCAAAUAUCUCGCAUAUGAAAUAUCGCACACACCUGAUUCUUGGCAAGGCCUUAGCUUUUGCACAUUUAUCUUCUUUUAUUUCCUAGAUUCUGGACUUUCUGUAUUGAAUGGUUUGCAAUUUUAUUUUUGAUUGCAUGACGGUGAAAACCCCCAAUACUCUCGAUCAAAGUGAAUAAAUAGCAAUACAAACUUAUAUCUCUCGAUUUCCACUUGAAUGUCAUGAUAGUAAAUUAUAGCUCUUAAUUGCAACUUCUAACUUGCGAUCGAUCACAACUGAUAUCUCGUGAUCACCACUUAUAACUCGUAAUCACAACUUACAACUUGAGAUUGCCACUUAUAGCUCACGAUCCGUACUCAUGACUUCUGAUUGCUACUUACGACUCGCAAUCACCUUUUGUAACUGGUGAUCGUCAGUUGUAGCUCUCGAUCACCACUUAUAAUUUGUGAUGGCGACUUACCACUUGCGAUCGCGCAUACAUACUUUACCCCCAAAUUUCCACUUAAUCACAUGAGGCAUGAAAUCCCCUCUUUUGCUACGUGCUAAAAACAAGAAUCGCCCCAUAAUGCAUUGUGAAUAGAACUGUACUCCAUAAAAGACCAUCUAAAAUCAAUAAGUUUAUGAACUAAUUUGUGUGUUGGAUAUGAUUAAUCAUGAUUAAUCAUGAUUAAAUUGUCUACAAAGUUAUCUUUUUUUGGAAGUUUAAAGACAUUGUCUGCAGCUUCAGAAUGCAGGAAAACAUCUCUGCAACUGUAAAAUUUCAAAAUUUUCCAGGGGAGCAUGCUAGGGAUGCAAGGCUCAAUAGGCCUUUGCCCGGCUGUCAAACCUGCCCUCCUGUUCAAAACCUUAAUGAAACCCCAGUUAUAAAAGGGAAUCGUGAGAUAUAAGUAGCAAUUGCAAGUUGUAAGUAGUGAUCGUGAGUUAUAAAUAGCGAUCGUGAGUCAUAAGUAGCAAUUGUGAGUCAUAAGUAGCAAUUGCGAGUUAUAAGUGGCGAUCGUGAGUUGUAAGUUGCAAUUAUGAGUUAUUAGUGGUAAUUGCAGAUUAUAAGUUGCGAUCGAGGGUUAUACGUUGCGAUUACGAGUUAGAAGUUUGGGAUCGAGAGUUAUAACUUACUUAAGUUUGUAUUACUAACUAUUAACUUUGAUCAAGAGUAAGUCAAAUCACAAAAUAAUUAUUAAGUGGAAAUUAAUGAAAAAUAUAUAGAGAUGUCUCUUAUGGGCCACUGUUCAAAAGUGUCACUCAAGUGUAGAGUCAACACUUUUGUAAUGGGUUGGCUCGCAAUAUAGAACGUCCAAUAUACCAAAUGACAACUGCCAUAGAUUGAUUGUCCCAAUUCUGUGUUCGAGGAAGCUUUCUGAACGUGCAUUGUGCCCAGAGCUUUUGAUUGUAUAAUUUUGUAGCUUUCACAGGACGAUAAUUAUAAGUUGUCUUCAAGUGGACUUUGAAUGUUUUAUUAUUAGCGCUAUGGCCAACUUGGAGACAGAAGUUUAUGAACUUUUAAUUAAAGCUUUUUGACUCAUCCAGGCGAUAAACAUGACGAAGAGAUUGCUUUUCAACUCCCCAAGCUGGUCCAAGCUCAUGAUUCUGCCAUUAGUCUCACAAUUUUUUAACUUUUCUUACAACAGGACUCCCAAUCCCAUUGCUUUUAGGGAAAUGUCAUUCUGAACUGAAAUGUUUCUUUGUUGAAUAAAAACAGAAAUGUUUACUGUUGCUGAAUCUUACUUGAUUCUCCGCAUGUAAAUGCAGAGAAUUACAAGCUGUACAACGCUGUCAGCAAGACAAAGGUUUUGUGAGACACUUAAUUGAUAUCGCUUUAAUUUGUUGGCCACAUGUUCUUCAAAUGCAACAAAAUGAGUUAAAGUAUGGCUUUUACCGUCAAAAUCCAGCUUAUUUUCCUCGAAUAUAUCUUCAUAAAUAAAGCUCUACCAGCUUCAAAGAGCGUCCGCUGGCAGAAUUUCAUGGGCAAAAACAUUAAAGAUAAUUAAUUUAACAUCAAUGCUUAACACUUGUUGUCGUGGUGCAAUAGAUAGUGCGUUGACCUUACAUGUUAAUGGUCUGGGGCUCAACUCCUGCUGGAGGAAAAUUUUUUCCUUUCUUUUUGUUUUGGUCGUUUUGUUCUUGUUUUCUUAGUUUUGCUUUGUUUAAUGUUUUGUUCUGUUUUUUUUUUAAAAACAUAUUUUCAUUUUUUGUGAGACUUAAAGUAUACCGGUAGACUAAUAAUUAGUCAAUCACUGCAAGUUCAUUAUCAGCUUUCAUUUCUAAAAAUUAAUCCUUCUGUCAGCCAUAGGCCAGUGGGGGGGGGGGUAUGAAUUUGCAUGUAUGUCCAAGGGUUAAUCUAAAGUGUAGUCAGAUCACAAGAAUAUCUCAGGGUUGGCUCAAAUUCUCGAGUGCUUUUUCAUUUGUUAACAAUCAAUGGAAACUAAACGGGAUUGUAAAUGUACCUUUUUCACUUUAAGCAAUUCAACUUAUUAGGGAUUUGUUUUUCUAAUUUAAAAUAAAAGUACGUUUUCAGAGAUAAGUCAAGCUUUCAAAUAACAUUUUAAAAUUUAAAAAGGUUCAAAACUGUCAUUACUUUUUUGUUGUUAUUUUUAUCUCGUAGGGAACACUCACAGUAUUGCAUUUAGCAGUAAAAAAUGGUGCAGAGAGUAUCAUAAAAUUACUGUUUAAAAAUGGAGUCAAUGUGAACGCAACCAGUGAAGUAAGAUUUCUUUUCUUUUGCAUUUAAUCAGUGAUAAUCAACCUGUUCCUCCUCUUCAUCACCUUACUUGGACCUAAAAGAUGUUUUUAUUUUUGCAUUAGCAGGGCUGGAGUGCUGUCCAGAGUAUAUUAUUUUAAAGUGGCACCACCCCCAUAGUGACGAAAUAUAUAACCCUGUAUGUCCUAAAGCAUUAUAAUAAGAAAUAAUUAUAUAUGGAGAUUGAAAAGUGAGAAGAUUACACAUAUGUUGAUAUUGGGGCUCAAAGGAUUAAAUUUUUGCAGGUGAUCUGGAGUCAUGUCUGAGAUCAGCCAUUUAAUUAAAUCUAAAAGUCCACAGCUGAUCAAGGAACCAAAUUUCCACUCACUUUAUACAUUUACCAUUUUUAAAAAUAAUGUCAAGUAAAGAUACACUGUAGAUUAUUGACUCACGAUUGUUAUUAGACCAAAAAAUGAAUGCCAAAUCGCCACAGUGAUUCCACAUUUAAUCUGUUUGGAGCAACACCCACAAGCCUCUUGUACUUCCUCUUAAUGACCUCAAUAUAUUACAGUGUGACUUCUAUAACUGGGGCCACCUAGAAAAAGUCAACCAAUUGGAUGACAGGAAAAUAGCAAUACAGUCUGAGAAAAUUACUUGUCAAUGAUCAUAAUUACCACAAAACAAAAUAAACAACAUGGAUCAAAAUCAACCAAUUACAACCUACAGACGUGACCUUUUGAACCGGCUGGAAAAAAGCCUAUGUUUCCUGAGAGGUCAGUUAGAGUGUCGACAGAGGGAGAAAAUGAAAACACAAGGUAUAUUUUUGACUUGAGGGUGCGUGUUAUUGCAAAAUGUGGCAAUGGUCGCAAAGAAAUUGCUGGUAGAUGACAAAAUAACAGCUUGUGUCAGACAUAUGUCUCCCGGGCAUUAUUAAAAUGUAAAGUUUCGUGUAGAAAAAUAUUGUCUGGUGAAACAUUAUGCUUUCUUGAAAAACGUUUGCUAUCAUUAUUUAAAUUUUGUGCUUUUAGUAAAUUAUUGUUUUCUUACGAGCUGCUGAUUGGCCCAUUACCAAUUUUCUUGGAAUGUAUUGUUAUUUACCUGUGAUCUGAUCGGUCAACUUUGUCUACGGUGGCCCCGGUCACAGUACUCGCACUGUACAUUUGUUGCUGAUGUUUGUGUUAUCAAAAAAACAGUGCACAAACAAUUGACCAAAUAGGUUAUGUUGUCAAUGCUGAUUAUUAAAACUUUCUCCCUCACAAGGUCAAUGGAAAAGGAUUUCUUCACCAAAAACCAAGAGACUUUUACCAGCAAUCAAAUGGCUGCCAAAUGCUCAAAAGCAUGUCACAGGCCCUUUAGAUUUAAUGAUGUUGUUUUUUUGCUCCACAGCCCCACAAAUUCACUGCUCUUCACAUGGCAGUAGAGCAAGAUAAAAAUGGAAUAAUUCAAUUGCUUUUGUCACAAAAAGACGUUAAUGUCAAUGCAUGUGAUGAGGUCAGUUUAUAAAGUGAAAAUAAUUAAAGUUAACAUUUGCCUUUACUUACAUCUGUACAUGUAUGUGUGGGAUCAAUGGACAUUAAUGUAUGAUAUACAUUUAUCAUUUUUCAUUACAACCCCUUUUUCAUCUUGGAAGUGCUAUAAAUUACUUCAUUACCUUUUAUUUUUUCCUACUUCACUUUCAUGCCUGCUUGUAAGGUUGUAAAAAAUCUCUUUUAAAUGACCCCUAGCUGGAAAGGCACAUGAAUAAUUUAAUUUAAGGGAUGUGUGCCAGAAUAUUUUAAGCCCUGGAUGACUCAUGAUAUGAAAUUAUGUAAUUCUCUCUUCAUUUCACAAGUAUAAUUAUUGAAAAAUAUAUCUGAAAGGAGAAAUCUACAACCCUGGUCAUAAUAAUAAUUGCUGAAAUGCUUCAAUGUUCUUCAAUGUUUAUGUUGACAAGUUAAUGAGGUCCAAGCAAACCUGUCAAACCAACAUUGAAGGGAAGAGUGGGGAGAUAUGUGUGUGUUGCAGUUAAUUUAUUACUUCAGUAACUUUUUGUUUUUCCUUUCCCUCUUGUUUUAAAUUCAUUAGCAUACAUAAUUUACCAUACCCCAAAACACUGGAAAAAUAAAAAAUAAGUGAAAUAAAGAAUUAACUACAACAUGUGUCCAUACUACACAGUUGAGUCUCUUGUGUUUUCUAGAAGUGUUUCAAGAAAUUGUAGCAUUCUAUCUCAAGUCACUCAGGUUUUUUUUUUUUUUUACCAAGCAUCCCUGUCCUAUAAAUUGGGGCUGAUAAUUUAACUGGGAGUUUUUUUGUCUGAUUUUUCUCCCUCUGUGAGGAUCACAGGUGAUUCUCUGUAUGGGUUAUUUGCACCAGAAUCAAAGUUGCGUAGAUAAUUGAUGAAAUGAUAAACUUAAGAAAUUAAUUAAUAUAAAGAAUUAAUUAUGAAUUCAUUAAUAAUAAGUUAAAGUAUGAGACAAAGAAAGUAGAGAAACAACCAUGACGGUAAAAAAAUCUUAGCCUGAAAUUAAUUUUGAACUAUAACAUGUAUACAAGUUGCUCCUGCUCCUAAACAAAUAAGGAGACCCCCUGAACUUAUUUAAAAAUUUGAAUUUUCAUUAACAACAUCCUGCUGUAAACAACCAGUCGGUAAAGUCCGAAGAAAUCUCACUGCAGGUUCUAUUGCAGAGGAUAAAACUCUGAGCAUAAAAAUAAGACUGUAAAAUGUAAAAACAUUAAUUAUUUUUUUUAUUUCCACAGGAACUGAGUGUUUCAUGAAAAUUUUUAUUGUAUUUUUGUCUUGUCUUUCUUGUAGUAUGGGCAUACUCCAUUAAAGCUGGCAGCUGAGAAAGGAAAUCAACAGACAGUUAAAUGGCUUAUUGAGAAAGAGGCUGUCAUAACCAAAGCUGACUCAGUAGGUUUAAUGUUUUUUAGCUCUUCAAAAAUGUUUUUUUUAAGCCAAUACUUUUUAUUAAGUGUCAUGAUUAGUCCUUAGGUCUAUUACUAUCCGGGAAUGAUAAUAUUUUUUAUAAAAAAAAGUGAUAGUCAUCAUUUCUAUCUUCAUUCUGCUUUUGCCAUUGGGAUGGGCCAUGGAUUGCCAUUUCCCUUGAAUAUACAAGGCUGUUAAAUUGUACGUUUAAAUAAGUUUUGGUCCCUUUUUCGUUCAGGUUGACAACACAGCCAUUCAUGUUGCAGCUGACAAGGGGCACUAUGGUGUGUUACAGUUGCUAUUAUCGUCAGAAGCUUUUGCUAAGAAUCAAGGGAUCAUUGGCAAGCAAAAUAAGGUACAGGUUUUUAAAUUCUGCAUGGGGCAAUGGGGGUAGUGGGAUGGGGGAAUGGUGUGGAUUGAAGUCUGAGGUGUCAAUUAAAUCCACACCCCUUCUCCCCAAGCAUUAAAGUGUACUUACCCUGUUGUGUUGACUCCUCCUUCUACCUCGCUCGAUCAGAAACUUUAAGGUAAUUCACUUCAAAUGGAUAAUAAUGUACUAUCCAGAAGUUUUUCAAACUUGGCACAAUUAAAAGUCAUGUAUAGGACAUUGAAGAAGCGAUGAUGAUGGGGUCACUGGCUGUGGUUUUGCCCAGCUUGCCUGUUAUACUUAGAGUUGUUAAUUGCAUGAGUUGCAUGGAGAAUGUUCAAAACUUGAAAACUGUCAAAUGCUUGUAAUUUCUUUUUUAUUAUUUAGCAAGAACUACAAAAAUAAUUGAUAAUCAUGUAUAAGACAUGCAAAAAAGAAUGCAAUGAAAAGACGGGUUCACCACUCUGUUUUUGCCUGUGUUGCCUAUUAUUCUGAGUGUUUUUCUGAUUUGUGUGCAACACAUUCAGAUCUUGAAAACUGUCUGUAAGAGGACAGUGAAAUGGCAAUAGUUAUGAGGGGGACAUUGGGGGGUACCCAAUACCGCAAUGCCGUAAGAAAAAAUGGCAAAUACCGAAAUACCGCGUCGAAAAUCGUCUAAAUACCGAUACCGCAUAUUUUAAUCACAUUUAUAAUCGGUUGCGCAUACUUAUGGUUGCUUCCAUCGAGCGCGUUUAAUUAUCUCAAGCAUUUAUGCACCAGAUGUCCAUGUUUUUUUUUAAUAUUUUGGUAGUUCGCAAUUUUCCGCAAAUUUUCACUGAAAAGUAAACUACAUUCGUUCAGCCUUUUGGUAUUUCGACCCGACAGCUAAUUAACUCCCAUAAAAAUAACUCUUGAAAGCGCGAAAAACAAACCAACCAAAACCCUUUCCACGCACGUCUAGUGCGAGUUUUGAUAUAAAGUGAGUCUAGUCUAGCACGUCAGUCUCUCAGGGGUCAGAUCACACGCCGCGCCAUCCUCGGAGACCCAGGGGGACGAGGGAAAGUCUAAACGGGCGGAAUGUCUUACCAGACCAGUUACCAGUUCCAGUUCUGAUUGGUGCCAGAAAAACACGAGUUUUCUGGCACCAAUCAGAAGCCAGAACGGCGGCGACCGUUUGGAACUGGUCUGGUAAGACAUUGUCCCAGGGGCUCUUCUCACCGUUCCUUACUUUUCUUCGUUCCAUAUACAUUUUUCCGCCCGUUUAGACUUUCCCUCGCCCCCUUUAUCUGCCCCUGGGUCUCUGAGGAUGACGCCGCGCUGUUAAGAGGCAACCUUACCAAAUUUUCUCUUUUAACUUUACAAGGCGUUUUUCAAUUCUCGAAACCCAACAUCUAAACUUAUUCUUGUUGCGAUAAUGUUCGCCUCCUUCGCCCUCUUCAUAAAAAAUUGCCACACAGUCAAUGAUGACCACGCCGUCUUCAACCUCAGCGACUUCAGACAUUGUGAGAAAACGUUUAAGACCUCGAAUUACCGGCACAGGUACACAGAUCGAGAGGCCUGGUAAGGUAGCUUGAGACUACUCAUUAUCACUGGAUGCAACAACAAUCACAUUGUAUAUUAUCGACCAUUAACUGUCACAAAAUGACCCACAAAUGGUGUAAUCAUUUACCGUUAUGUCUCAAGACUUCUAAAUAUUAACUUUUAUUGACCUUUAUGUCUUACUGUGUUUUGUUUUGCGUAUUGUAUCGAAAGGAAAGCGCAAAUAAACGGUACCGUAAUACCGUGAACAAUCUUAUUUCACCGAAUACCGUCAGCCAAAAUGAUGAAAAACCGCAUACCGCAGAGCUAGAUGAUACCACAAUACCGCACGUUAAAAUUAAAAUUACCGAAACACCGCAUGAAAAAAAGCCCAAUACCGCAAUACCGUAAACCCCCAUGUCCCCCUCAGUUAUUUAUGCUUCAAAUCGGUUCAUUUUAUGCAAAGGGACUGAGUCAAAACCCUUGGCCUUAAACUUAUUUCAACUGACCAGCAAAAAAAUUGAACAGAAUAUACCAGCCUGAUAGCAAAAACCACUUGCCCCGGGCUACUGGACAUUACUUUCUUUGCAUGCUGCUACAUCCAAAUCAUUUGUAUUCUCAGGCACAGUGUAGUUAGCUGGGCCAACUCUCCUCGAUAUAAACAAAGCCAAGUUUGUCCUUCUUUGUUUUAGGAAUUUAAUACGUGCUCGACCAGUAUCUAAACACACUUAGCAUGCAGCGGAAGCAUGUUGUGAGCAUGCUUUUGAAUACCUUUAGCUUUAAAAUCCUGUGGUGGGUCACAUAUAAACACUUUAGCUUACCUAGCUGGGUCAACUUUGGUCAAGGCAAGACAAUCAGAGCAUCCUCAAGUGCUGUUUUGACAAUCAAAGCCUGCACUAAGUGAUGUUGGCUUGGGCAAAGGAGUCAACUUUUUCCUCAUAUAAUCGCUUUCUAGGGUUCAGUGACUCGGUUGAGACAGGUUUUUUCUGUAAAACAGGGCCUAAGCAAGCCAGAGAAAACAGCCGACAUUUGGCGACGUUAACCAUUGGUUUUCCUGCCAAAUGACGUCAGCGAAAGGAGCGCAGAAAUUCCAUUCUGAUGACGCGUCACUACCCAGAUCUGGGUAGUGCUUCUGAUUGGUUGUGCCGCGUGGGAACUAAAUUUAAUUGAACCAAUCAGAAGCACUACACAUUUCUAGGUAGUGCUAUUUAUUGUCGCUAUUGCAAUAAUUUGCACCAGACGUAUAUGGUAUCAAGUGUAAAACUGACAGCAAACAUGGAUCUUUAAAGACAUUAUUUUACAUGUAUUUAUGUUGUAGAAAUAUGUGUAAAUAAUUCUAAGAAUAUAUCUUUCCUUUAUUGUAGGAUAAAAAUACUCCUCUUCACUUGGCCGUGGCGCGGGAGUGCCAAAAUUCUGUUGCUCUGUUGUUGUGUUAUGGUGCUGUUUCUUCACUGGAGCUAGAAAACAGAGUAAGAAUCCAGCCUCAAUGUAUUGUGCACCGGCAAUGGCGACAGCAACGAGAACCGCGAAAAAAGCAAUAGGUUUAGAUCACCAAAAGCAAGUUUUUCACGUUCAUCACCCUUUUGUGUACAUUUUUUUUUUACAAACUGCUUUAUUUCACAUUAUGUUGUGGACGUGAACACAAGGUAACCAUUUCCUAAUUCUUUUUUUAACCUUACAAUACAAUCAUUUAGAAUUCAGCUCCAGAAAAAGAUCACCACCAUUUGAGAAAUUGAAUGACAUCGUAUAUGUGCGAUGAAAGCUCUCUAUUCUCUAUGUCACACUCUUAUAGAUCAUACGUGUUUCACUCAGAAGUUUUGGAUCAUAAACUGGGCCUGAUAUGUAGCUGAGCUGGGGAUGAAUGCCUCCUACUUAUUGAGGGCACGGUUGGGUACUCAAUACAUAGAAUUGGAAAUUGUAGGCUAAGAAAAAUAGUCACAAAUACCGAGAUCUAAAACCUAUGAAUCAAAAUUAUAUCGUUUGUUACAUUACUUAAUUGGUUAGUGCUAUUUACAUGAAGGAAAUCAUUGCAGUUGUGAUAUACAAUUAAAUUCUUGGACAUUAGCCAAGAUCAGCGCCCCUUUAAGGCGAAUCCAUAGCCUCUGUCAGUAGUGCUACAGUGCUCUACCAACUGAUCUAUGAAGACCCAUAAAUUGGGAGUAGGCCAAUUGUUGAGUUCAUUUUAACCCGCGAAAGGUAGAGUUAUGUUGCGCUUAGACAGAGAAAAAUAAUUUGAACAUCAUCCAUCAUCAUCGGUACUAUCACAAGAAAUAUUAGCCGUUGUCCCCAGACUGGGCUCUUGACCACCAUAAAGUGCGCAGAAAAUUUGGAUCCCUCGGAAAAUGGAAAUUUAAAAUGAAAUGAUUAAAGAUGCUGUAAAACCCGUAGAAUAUUCCAAAGAAGUAAAACAGACAAUUUUUAAAGUUCCAAUGUCUCUCUUUUUUGCUGAGAUAGAAUCGAAGUUGUCUUGACUUCAUUGUGUAGAUUACCAAGUUAAACCGAGUUUUUUCUUGUUGUCCUUUAAUAAACGCCGAAUUCUUCUGAUUAUUAAAUCUUGGAUGGAGUUUAUUUGAAUAAAUAUGAUACAUUAUAUAAUUUCGUUAAAAAAUGUUUUGAGUAAAAUGUGUAAAAGUGUUGACUACAAUUAUUUUUGGCCUAGGCUCAAGUUGUAGGAUAAUGCAGCACUGUGCAUCAGUUUGCACUUGUAACCCAUGUGGUACCAGUUGUGUCAGCCUUUAACAAAAUUUUUCUAAUUACUGACUUUGCAGCAUAAUGAAACACCCAAGCAGAUAGCAAAAGGGAACAAAGUCAUCACCGAACUUCUGGAGAAUCCUUCAAAAGCCAGACAGGUCAGCAUUGUAAGACAUCAUGUCACUUACUCUUGUUUUCAUCUGGGGUCCUAG